AUGUCAGGUAGGAAUUUCUGGCUCGAGGGUCGUCGAGCAUUCUUCAAUCGGUCAGAAGUGUGCGGACGAUGCUUUGCCGCGUCAAAUGCGGCGCUCACGCCGAGCACACAGCCUAGUCGACUGCAACGGUCCUACUCAAUCUUGCGGCAAGGCGAUCCAACAGUCUUCGUCACCCAUUUGCACCAAGAGCAAAUCUCGCAUUCGACAGCAGUCGUCCCAUCGCGGAGAAGGCUCAGCACCAGCUCAUUUCUGGCUCGAGCUCACAGGGGUACGACGGCGGAUCACCAAGCUGAUCAGCACACAAUCGCGGGCAAAAUACGGCAAUUGAUGAGCUCAUCAGCUCAACCAGUAGCAUUGCUCUUGACCGCUCUGCCUUCUUCGACAGACGAGGUCAACUCGACAUCGUCUCACUCGCGCGCGAAUCGCACCACGGUGGAGAUACACGGCGCAACGAUCAGUAGUCUUACAUCGCUGUCAUUAUCGCCACCUCUGGUCGGCUUUUCGCUCAGAACACCAUCGAGAGCUGCCAAUGCUCUUCUUGGAGCGCAGCAGAUGAGCAAUGGCCCCACAUUUACCCUCACCCUCCUGGCUCAUGCAGAUUCUGAUGCUGAGAACGACGUUGCACAGCACGCAUCGUGCUCCAAUCUUGCAGGCGCCUACGCCGCCCCUGGUCUCGAGGCCUACUCACUCGCCUCUGAUUGGUCACACAAGAGCCCUGCAGCCCCGACAAGGCCAAAUGCGGCCAAUCAUCCUUUAUCGAGCGCCAAACUUCUACCUUCCUCCGCCUUCGCAUCAUCUGGUCGCUCGAACACACCCAUACCCUACCUAGGCCACGGGCUAGGUGCAUUUUCCUGCAGUCUAGAAGCGCGCAUCCGUCUCGCUUCCCUCACAUCGCAUAGCUCGACCGAAUCCCCGAACCCGCGCUCCAAAUCCCAGAGUGCUCCAUACUCGCCGCACAAACUCAGACUAGACACGGCGUUGGUCGUUCCGAGCGAGCAGGACGAGACGCUCGCAGAGUCCGUCGAAGCGCAAGAGACUGGCAAGUCUGACACUGCAGGUAAAGAGUCGCAAGAAAGCUGGUUGCUCAUAGCUAGAGUCUGGGAUGUUCACGAGUCAGACAGCACCGCGGGACAAGAGGCCGACGAUGCAAAGCCUCUGGUGUGGUGGAACAAACGUUUUACCACUGUGCAAAGUGAAUGA